AUGAAUUCAACACCGAACGCUUACGCUAUCUCAAAUUUUAUCGUAGGCCAUUUCCACAAAUUACGUCGAACACCAGGAUUAACUUCAAUGCCUUUAAUUGUUGGUAUAAGUGGACCUCAAGGGAGCGGAAAAACGACAAUAGUUAGUCAAAUUACACAACAUUUAAAAGUUUUCAAUAAUUUAUCGGUAGUCAGUUGUUCUAUUGAUGAUUUCUAUUUAACAUUUAAAGAACAAUGUCAACUUGCACUUUCAAAUCCUAGUAACAAACUUUUGGAAUUUAGGGGAGAACCUGGGACUCAUGAUAUCGCAUUAGGAAAGGAUGUUUUAAAUAGAUUAUAUAGAGAUGUUGAUCUUGAUGAAAGUAAUUUUGAUGUGCUAAUACCCUUUUAUGAUAAAUCUUUGAAUGAUGGUCGAGGAGACCGUGCGGAAGUUGAUAAAUGGGUUAAAGUAUCACCUCCAUUUGAAAUUAUUCUUGUUGAGGGAUGGUCACUUGGAUUUAAACAUUUAUCUAAAUCGCAACUUGAAAAAUUUUAUUUUUCAUCAAAGUCAAUUGCGACCGAACAUGAAUCCUCUUCUUUGAAACUUGUAUCUCACACACUUUCCCAUCUGUCAUCUAUAAACGAAAAUUUGCAAAAUUAUGAACGAGAAUGGUACAAGUUUCUCGAUAUAUUUGUUCAUCUUGAUGUACAAGAUAUUAAUUACGUAUACCCGUGGAGAUUAGAGCAGGAAAGAAAUAUGAAAAAUUUGGGAAAAGGGGGAAUGACUGAUGAGCAAGUUAUAGAUUUUAUCGAUAGGUUUAUGCCAAGUUAUGAGCUUUAUUUACCAAAGUUGAGAAAUCAAAAUUUCUUUUGUGAAAAUGAUGGCGAUUUAACGGAUGAAUUUGAGU